AUGAGCGGGGCAGGGGUGGCGGCGGGGGCACGAUCCCCCAGCUCGACGACCCCGGGUUCCCGGGGCACGUCGCCCCCGCGCCAGCGUUCAUCCCUGGGGCCGCACAGCCCGCAGCUCGGGCUGAGCGACGCGAAGAAGCGGGUCCUUGACCUGGAAAAGAGCCUGCAGUUCCUGCAGCAGCAGCACUCGGAGAUGCUGAGCAAACUCCACGAGGAGAUCGAGUACCUGCAGCGACAGAACAAGGAUCUCCAUUACAAGCUCAUAAUGAAUCAGAAGCCACAGAAGAAAGGCAGCCUCUCCAAUUCAAGCGUCCAGACCAUCAAGCCCAUCUUUAAUUCAGCAGUGUCAGCCAACUCCCAAGGCAAGGCCAGGCCCCAGCGCAGCUCCUUCAAGGAGCAAGACUACAAAGUUGACGCCCCCCAGAAGACGGACCUGGAAGAGGAGCCCUUCAGCGGUGCCUGGCUUCACAAUAGCAAGCUGGACAAAGUUCCUGGGGCACAGGGGCAGGCCAAAGGUGAGGAAUCAGAGGACUCGAACGCUGGGACCGCCUGGGUGGUAGGCAGCCAGCACAGGGGGAGGCAGCCGAUGGGGGCGCUCUCCUUGAGGAAUCUGCCCCCGCACCUGCGUAAGCCCACCACACUUCGGCAAUGUGAGGUGGUCAUCCGCCAGCUGUGGAACGCCAACCUCCUCCAGGCCCAAGAGUUGCAGCACCUCAAAUCCCUCCUGGAAGGGAGCCAGAAGCCCAAGGUUGCUCCCGAGGAGAACGGGCCUAGUUUUCUCAAGAUCCAGGAGGCCACGCAGUUCCCCAAGGUCUCCUCCAAGAGUCUCUCUAAGAAUUGUCUGAUUCUGAGCUCCAGGCCUGUGAUGGAACGUGCCAUCUUGCCCGCAAGGAAGCAGAUGCUGAAGAGUAGCUUUGCUGAACGGCAGAAGAGGCUGCAGGUGGUGCAGAACCGGCGCCUGCACCGCUCCCUGCCCUGA